AUGCGGUUGUUUGCUUAUGAAAAUGCAAAGCUGUACAAAGAAAAGACGAAGAAAUGGCAUGACAGCAGGAUCAAGGAAAGAGUGUUUGAGAAAAAUCAGCAAGUGUUACUGUUUAACUCCAGGUUGAAGCUAUUUCCUAGAAAGCUUAAGUCCCGUUGGUCUGGACCAUUUACUGUGAUGGAAGUGUAUCCAUUUGGAGCUGUCCUGGUGAAAGAUGAAAAAUCGGGAAGAGAAUUCACAGUUAACGGACAGCGGCUGAAACAUUAUUUUGGUGGGGAGGUUGACAGAGAAAAGACCUCCGUCAAUCUGAAGGAUGCUUGA